CUGCUCUGUUGUAUUUGACGUCACUCAGACUUGGCAAACAUCGCGUGAUUGUUUACGUGCUAACUACAAAGUUUAGUUUACUUCAAAUUAAAGCUGGUACUUUAAGUUUUGCAACAUGGAGAAAAGAAAAGUACAAAACAAUGAUCAUGAAGUAGAACAUAAGAAAGCAAAAGGCGAGGACCCGUUUGCGUAUUUGCAUGCGGAACAAAAACCAAUGCCCGCGGUUUAUACAGAAAAGCCCGUUCAGCCGAAAGAAAAGAAAAUUGGACAGCUUACCCAAAAGCAAGUGGAUCAGUACUUUGAAAAUGGAUUUUUGGUGGUCAAGGAUUUUUUCCCGGCAAACCGCUUGAACGUUGUAAGAGACGGGGUUGACAAGCUUGUUGAUAAAUUGGCCAAAAAAUUGUAUGAUGCAGGGAAAAUUAAAAAUAUGCACGAAGACAAGGAUUUCUUUACUAGACUGACCCACCUUGAAAAGGAAUUUAAAGGAAUUGCUAUUCUAUUACAUAAGCAGGGAAUAUUGCCAAAGGAAUUUCAGGAUUUGUGGAGUGAUGAGAGAUUGCUGAAUGUAGUUGAGCAGUUGGUAGGACCAGAUAUAGCAGGACACCCAGUAUGGAACUUGAGAACAAAGACACCACAUAAUGAGCAAACAACAGUCCCAUGGCAUCAGGACAAUGCUUACCUUGAACCAUGUAGCUUAGAAUGCCUUCAGUUAACUGCAUGGAUUCCAAUGGUAGAUGCAAACAUGGUAAAUGGCUGCAUGCAAGUUGCAUCUGGGGGGCAUAAAGCAGGUAAAACACUAAAACAUACUUGUUGUGCAGGGGGCACUUGGUAUGUGGAAAUGCAGGAAAAAGAUCUUGAUCAGUUGGGUCUCGAAAAGAAAGAUAUUGUUACGUGUGAAGUCCCAUAUGGUGGGGUGUUGUUUCUAAACAAUGCAAUCCCGCACCAGAGUCUGGAAAACCGCUCUGAAAUUAUUAGAUGGAGUUUGGAUCUGAGGUGGCAUGACCCAAAAAAGCCUAAUGGUUUUUAUGGCUUGAAAAAUAGUGUGUUGAUGCGUAAAGCAGAUGAUCCUGAUUAUAAGAUUGACUGGAGUGAAAUGUCAGGAGUAGAUAGGACAAAACUACAGAUGGAAAGUCUCAAAGAAGACAAUGAUGAUUUUACAACUGAAGUUGCAGGACCAUGGAUGAAACGUUGGGACAUCGUGCACCACAACAGACAUACAGAAAUGUUGAACCUGAAGGACAAUUCAACAGGUUGGCACAAGGCUUGAUUUUGCAACUUGCAACACUACUUAUGCAGUACACUUAAAAACUGAGUACAGUUUACUGAUAAUAUUCUGUAUAAAUGCAUUUAUUAUAAUCAAAUUAUAAUUGUUCUUUGGCCUUGUAAAAGUUUCAAAAUGUACAGUCAUUUUUAUCGCCUUAUCUCCUUCUGCGUCAGCAUGAAACUUUUGAUUUUACUAAUGUUCUUAAUUCUUACAUAAAUUUUUAACUUUUAAAUCUUAAAGUUCCCUUACUGAUUUUAAACUGGUUUUAAAUUUUACAUUCCGUUUAGUAAGCCAUAUUUUUAACAUGUUGUGCCUUUUGUAAUUACAAGUUUAUUUUCAAGCAUGUGGAAUUAUUUUAAACAAGAUCUGUAUUUUUGCCAUUAUAUUAUAGGUUGCAAUGAGGAAGAAAAAUAAUGUAGUAAAAACUGUUUGCAUUGGCUUAUGAACAUCAAAAUGAAUAAGCAUGAAGCUGAUUUCUUUAAAACUUUGUGCAAAAGUUGGAUUCGUGAAUUGUUUUUGUGUCGUUGCUGACUUGGUGUUUGGGAGGUUUUCAGCAAAUUGGACAAUGUGGGAACGUGCUGUUGGGGACUCUCUAAUACACUGUAUUGUGGCUAUAGGGUGUUGGUGGGCGGUUACAGAUGACACAGCACAGAAUAAUGUACCUGGUUUGCUCCUCUGUGGGUUUUUAUCAAGCCUGGUAGACAUUGAUCACUUUAUUGAGGCAAAAUCAUUCGCAUUGCAGGACGCUAUUUCUGUGAAUAGAAGAGGUAUAUUCCACUGUUUUAUUGCAAUUCCUUUGGUUGCUGGAAUGUUUUGGUUUCUAAGAGGAUAUUUUGAGAACUUAAACGUAUUAUGUUUUUCAUCGGUACAUGUUAAGUUGUUAAAUCUUAAUUUACCACUUCUUAUAAUAGUUGCCUGGUUUUCUCAUCAGUUACGAGAUAGUACAAGACGUGGAUUAUACUUGUUCCCAGGUUUUAGCACAGCACCAGUUCCUAUUUUUGUUUACCUUGCCCUCAUAACUUUACUCUGUUAUAUUGGGAAUGUUUUAUAUAUUUCUAAAGUUGAAUUAGAAAAUGUUGAUAGUUUAAUUGUUUAGUGAAAUAGUGUUUCCUCAACCAUUGCCACCUACUAUCAACUUAAGGCUUUGACUGUUAAAAGUGGUUGCCAAUGCUUCACUAGUAACUUAUACUUGAUAUCUGGGUGACCUGGGUGACCUCGAAACAUUAAGAAGCAUUGAUCCAUAGCGGACCAUAGGAGCCUAAGGUGUGGGUAGGCUACAUAGUAUGAAUAUAUAAAUGACAAAUGCUAAGUUACAUGAUGAAUAAACAUGAAACUGAUAAAGUAA